GCGGGGACGCGUGAAGCGUGCGGUAGCUGUGGGAGAAGAGCUGGUCGAUUGUAGGGGUCUGUUUAUCUCGCCAUUUUCCAUGUUUUAACCCGUUUUUAAGGCGAUUUUCGAAGCAGGGCAGCUUGAGCGGAGCUUUGGAUUUAUUCUUGAAGGUGCUGGGAGGAAAAUAACCAUGGGAAACUGCCACACGGUUGGACCAAACGAAGCCCUGGUCGUCUCAGGUGGGUGCUGUGGAUCCGACCAGAAGACCUACACAGUAGGAGGAUGGGCCUGGGCAUGGUGUCUCCUCACCGACAUACAGAAGAUAACCCUAGAGAUUAUGACCCUGCAGCCCAAGUGUGAGGAUGUUGAGACAGCGGAGGGUGUGGCUCUUACAGUCACAGGGGUGGCACAGGUGAAAGUAAUGACUGAUAAGGAGCUUCUGUCUCUUGCCUGUGAGCAGUUCCUUGGUAAGUCAGUGAUUGAAAUUAAAGGGGUGGUGCUGCAGACGCUGGAGGGUCAUCUCCGCUCCAUUCUGGGCACUCUGACAGUGGAGCAGAUUUACCAGGACAGAGACCAGUUCGCCAGUCUGGUGAGGGAGGUGGCUGCCCCUGAUGUGGGCAGAAUGGGCAUUGAGAUUCUCAGCUUCACUAUUAAGGAUGUUUAUGACAAAGUGGACUAUCUAAGCUCUCUGGGAAAGACCCAGACAGCAGCUGUGCAGAGAGAUGCAGACAUUGGUGUCGCAGAGGCUGAGAGAGACGCAGGAAUCAGGGAGGCAGAAUGCAAGAAGGAAAUGAUGGAUGUGAAGUUCCUGGCAGACACUAAAAUGGCCGACUCGAAGCGUGAGCUGGAGAUGCAAAAAGCGUCCUUUAAUCAGGAAGUCAAUGCAAAGAAAGCCGAGGCUCAGCUGGCAUAUGAGCUGCAGGCAGCUAAGGAGCAGCAGAAGAUCCGUUUGGAGGAGAUUGAGAUUGAGGUGGUGCAGAGGAAGAAACAGAUCACCAUAGAGGAAAAAGAAAUUGUACGCACUGAUAAGGAGCUGAUUGCCACUGUGAAGCGGCCAGCUGAGGCUGAGGCCUACAAGAUGCAGCAGCUGGCAGAAGGACAGAAGGUGAAGAAGGUGCUGACAGCACAGGCAGAGGCAGAGAAGAUCAAGCGUAUAGGUGAGGCUGAAGCUGCCUCCAUUGAGGCGGUGGGUAAGGCUGAAGCAGAGAAGAUGAGGAUGAAGGCUGAGGCCUACAUGCAGUAUGGAGAGGCAGCGAAAACUGCCCUGGUCCUGGAGGCACUGCCCAAGAUUGCUGGGAAAGUGGCGGCACCCUUGGCCCGAACCAAUGAGAUUGUCAUUCUUAGUGGCGAGGGCAGCCGCGUGACCGGGGAAGUGAAUCGCUUGUUGGCUGAGCUGCCCGUCUCUGUUAAUGCCCUCACAGGAGUGGACCUGACAAAGAUCCCCUUGCUGCAGAAAAUGACCAAUCCUCAAGCAUGAAGACCCCCCCACCCCCACUCUUUGGCCUUUUGCAACACAUCAGUUUCAAUGCACUCUUCUUAAAUGCCUUUGUAAAGAAACACUUGAAAACAGAACUCUCUCUCUGUUGAAAGAGAUUUUAUUUUACCAGACCUCUGGUGCCUUACAGUUAUAGGACCAGACUACCUGCAUGUGCCCAUUUUUUGAUGUUGUUUUGUUGAGGCUGGUUUUGUUAUUAUCCUCAUCUUCCCAUUGCUUGUUCUGAUGUCCUUUUUAAUCUUUUUACCAGUAAAUGUCUUUUUUUUGUGUACGGUGUUUAAUUAACAUUAUCUCAGAACAGCUUUCAGGAAAUCAAACAUGUUUUUUAGUAUCUUCUUGACAUGAUGGAGAAAGUAAGGAGGAAGGUUUUGAUGUCAUCUUUCAUCUCCUAAAUGUGUUUUGUGCUGGUUUAGCCUUUGUAUUUAGAGAGAUUUAGAUAGUACUUCUGGGCCAGUUUCUUGCCAUAACUGUAGUAAAGAAAAAUUGGAAUUGCUGAUAGAAAUGAGGAUAAUUAGUUCUAGGGCUGGGUAUGAAUUAAUUCAAUACAAUCAAAUCUAAAUCUAAUCUGUAUACUCUAUACAAUCUAAAUUUUGAUAAAACUCCCUCUCACUACGUAUUACAACAAUUUCUAGUUAUAGAAAAGGUUUUAGUAACUACUGACAUGUAGUGCUUGUAGGUUAAGUUAUAGAUAAGAUAAGGCCACACCACAUAAAUAUCCAAGUGUAAACACAUCCAAAAUGCUUUUAAAAUACAUAUAAAUCUGAUUGCUCAAACUUCGGCAACCCAUUUAAACCUGGUCACUUUACUUAUCUUGAGUUUCAGAAUUAUAUCUGGAUAAAGGAUAAAAGUGUAAAUGCAACCAAAAUGCAGAACCAGGUCAAUAAACAAAUCCAAUCGCUCAAACUGAUUUGAACCUAUUUAAACCUGUUUUUGCAUCUGCAAUAUCUAAAUCAUAUCUGAAUAAGGCAAUGCCACAUGAAAAUGCAAGUGUAAACACAGAUACAAAUUCAGUCACUCAAACUGCUUUUAACACUUACUUAAACCUGUUGUUGCAUCUGCUUUAUCUGGAUUGUGUCUAGAAAAGGCAAUGCCACAAGAAAAUGCAAGUGUAAACAACCCAAAAUGCCCAUGCCACUAAAAAUGCAAGUGUGAACACACCUUAAGUGCAUUUAAACCAGAUACAAAUCUAAUCACCCAAACCACUCCAACCCGCUUACACAUGUUGACGUGUUUGCAAUAUCUGAAUUGUAUCUGGAUAAAGCCACAUCACAUAAGAAAGCAAGUGUAAACACAAACCCAAAAUGCAUUUAAACCAGUUAUUAGUGUAUAAUUGGCAGCAGUUUGAUCUAUGUGAGUUUGGCAAGGUUACGGCUGUGCUGGAGUUUAUUGAGUUAAUAAGGGGUUAAUAAGUCACUAAUAGAUCAAGAUGUGACUAAAGUACCAUAUUCUAAAGUGAGGAUCUGUUUAUCAAUAAUUAGACACUAAAAAGAACUGAAUAAAUAUUUAAUCAAUCACAGACAAACACUUACACAGAAUAAAGGCUAAUAGGUAGCAAAUAAAUCAUUUACAAAUGUCUUAUUAAGGCUUUGUUAAGCAAAUAAUAAGACAUUAUUAAGCGUCUAAUUUGUGUUCCUUAAAAUAAAGUGUUACUGAAAAUUGUUUAGCCACAUCCUACACUUAUUUUAGUUUUACCCAGCCCUGGUCAGAGUGUUGCUAAUUUAGUUUACAUUCACACAAAAGGGAUCAGCUGUUGCAUACUGUUUUGCUAUUCGCUGGGGAAAAAAAAAAACAUUUUGCUUAAAAUUUGCUAUUUCUAUUUUUUUCUUUAUUUUUUUAGUGCUUGGUCUGUGUAUAGUAUGUUGCAGUAAUAAGCGCAAUGUAUGUACAUAGACUGCAGUAAAUAUGCAAAGCUGAAAUGCUGAAACGGCAGCGAGAUCCAUCAUAUGCAUGUCAGAUUCAUACGAGUACCAGUAAUGCAUGUAUAAUAAGGGUCUGUUGAGUGAAUGAACUGAUGUUAGAGAUGUUAGAACUGAUGUUGGAGACGACGGCCAGAUAGAUAGAUGGAUAGAAUAUGAAAGAGAGGUAAGGAGAUGUUUGAGUUUUGAGUUCACUUGUGUAAAUGAAUGUACACUUUAAGGUUUUUAGUUUUUAGGACACAUCUUCGUGGUUUUAUCUUCAGCCUGUCUGUCACUGCGUUUUAUACGUUUUCACUCUGAACGCAGAAGUUCUGAUGUUCCACAUAUGAACUCUUAAUUGAAGAAUUCACUCUGAAGAUCAUUUACUGUUGCUGUGAAGUGUUUAUAUAUCAUAUAUAUAUAUAUGUAUGUGACUUCCUCGUGUCUCACCGUCAUUUGUGCCGACAGAUAUCAUCAUUCUUUUUAGUUUUUAAAAGUUUAGUUGUGAUUUUAAUAACUGAUUUGAUGUCACCAAAUGUGUCUACAACAAUUAAAGCUAUUGCCAAAUAGCUGAAGGAAUUUUAGAACUUUAAAAGGGAAUUCCACCCAUUUUACCAAAAAUUUGGCAUAAUUUAGAAAAAUUUAAAUGUGAACAGAUUUGAUUAGAUUGGGUUUGGUGUGAUUCAUUAAAAAAUAAAAAAAAUAAAAACAGUGGUGAGAAAAUCACUACAAUGCCAAAAGUCAUGGGAGGCUUUUUGGCAUGUUCCACGGAAGCUGUAUAUUGAAAGUGGAUAAGGUCUGUACACGUGGACAGUUCCAACCAGAAGCCGCUGUUCACGAUCAUUACCACACACUGCUGCGCUGUCCACUGUGGGUGGUAAUGUCUUUAAUGAAGAAUGCUAAAUUCCACUCACAAGAUAAUACCUCACAACUUAGACUCAAUACAUACUUCUCUGGAAAAAAAGAAACCACUUCAGUUUCUGAAUCAGUUUCUCUGAUUUUGCUAUUUAAAGGUAUCUGUUUGAGUAAAAUGAACAUUGUUGUUUUAUUCUAUAAACUACAGACAACAUUUCUCCCAAAUUACAAAUAAAAAUAUUGUCAUUUAAAGCAUUUAUUUGCAGAAAAUUAGAAAAAAAUGCAGAGCUUUCAGACCUCAAAUAAUGCAAAGUAAACAAGUUCAUAUUUAUGAAGUUUUAAGAGUUCAGAAAUCAAUAUUUGGUAGAAUAACCCUGUUUUUUUAUUACAGUUUUUAUGCAUCUUGGCAUGUUCUCCUCCACCAGUUUUACACACUGCUUUUGAAUAACUUUAUGCCAAUUCUGGUGCAGAAAUUCAAGCAGUUCAGCUUGGUUUGAUUGCUUGUGAUCAUCCAUCUCCCUCUUGAUAAUAUUGUAGAGGUUUUCAAUUUGGUAAAAUUAAAGAAUCUCAUAAUUUUAAGUGAUCUCUGUGGGUGUGAGCAACAUUUGAAGAUCAGUUUACAUCUACAUACUUCUGUCACAUGACUUUUGGCAUGUCAGUAAAAUAACCACUGCAGAUGUUUUUUUUUCCUCACUGAUUUCACACCAAAUCACUUACAUAAUGAUUUUAACCAUAUAAUUUGGCAGAACUACAAAUUUAAAUUAAAAUAUGUGUGGAAUUUCUCUUUAACUAGUACACAGCAGCUUUGUGCUACUCUAAACAAUCAGUAUGUAGAGUUUGUGUUUGUCUCGUCGGGCUGGUAGUGUAGUUCUGGAGGAAGUGAGUGGAGAAUAAAACUUAUGCUGACCUCUGAUAGUCCCCGUUCAGCCAUACACAGUAGCGCUUUCUCACCUCUGGCUGCCACAUUUGCACUGUUUUUAAUGGAAUACAGUAAUUAAUAAGGUUAAGGGGUCAAAGAUAGGACAUGUAGCUUAUCUAAUAGCCAUAGACUGUAAGUAUAUAGUUCUGUUCUUUACUGGGUAUUGAUGAUAAUCACCUAGAUAAUAUAGAUUAUAUAGAUAAACUAGAACUAAAACCUAUAUAUAAAUGUUGAUAAUCGAGGUUGUUCUAUAUUAUUUAGUUGCUAUACAGUAUGUUCAGAAUAUUGUUCUCUUGUAAUUAUUCAUGUUUAGUCUUUUCUUACUGUUGUUCAGCAGUUGUACAAUGUGAAAAUUGGAUCAUCUGAACUUUGGCAGUUUUUAGUUUCAUUUUUACUUUUCAUUUUUAGUGUUUGAUGGUCUGAAGGCUUUCAGUACGGGUGUGUCCUGUUCCAGUUUUAAUUAUACACUAGCUAUAACACUCUUAUAAUGAGGGGGAAAAAGAAAGAAAAUUGCAAAUAUAAUUUUCCAUAUCCUAACUCUUUUUACACUAUUUUAAAAACAGCUUAGUAAAAAGCUAAAAAUGUCCUUUAAGUACACAAUUGGACUUAUGUAUCAAAAAUAUAAAACGAUAUAUCAGAAAUUGUCCAAAAAGGCUAGAAAAUUAACAAAAAUAAAAAAAUAAAUAAAAUGUAAUUAUUUGCUUUACAUCCCCAAUUCAGUUGAUUUAAUUAAAAUUCAUUGAUCCCCAUACAAAAUCAUUUAUCUCUAAAACUAACAUUUUUACUUUUAUCUAUAGUAACUGUAUUUUUUAAAUAUAUAAUUUGAAGCAUUUCUGUUGGUCAAUUAUUCAUUUUUUUAAAUAAAAUCAAAUUAUUGUGGAGGAUAAUCAAAAACAGUGUCCAAAAUUGGCUUGACAACAAAAAAAAAUCUAAUAGAUUACUUUAAAAAUGUAUUUAACAAAAUAAAAGUCAUUUUAUCAGCUAUAGCAAUCAGAAGCUGGAACAGACACCAAAUGAGGGUUGGUUUGAAAAUGCUGGAGAAUGUUUAGUGAAUUAAAAAGAAUAUAAUUCUGCGUUAAAUAUAAGUCAACAUUAUUACACCAAAAAAAAAUAGUGGAAUUAGUACUUUUUAGAAACCAGUACUUUUUAUUUUUAAUUUUUUUUAGUUUACGAUAUUUUCUCAGCAGCAACAGUUUCUACACUUGAUAAAUUGUAUCUGAAAUUUCUGAGAAAUUCAAAUAUUUCUAUAGGAAUAUUAAAGAUUCGUUUAAAUUUAAGCAGAUACAUCUCUACAAAUAUAUGCGAUUAGUGUAAAUCCCAUUAUCCUCCCUCUGCUCUUUGUUACUAGAUGCUGUAUAAAUACCGAGAAAGACUGUGUGACGUUGUGUGACAUCAGCUCCUUUACUAACCCAUACGUCUGACUGCCUUAUCAGUACCCUGUUGUUGCGUCUUUUUUGGAGAGUUGUUCCAGUUCAGGUUCAGGUCCAGAUUCAGGUUCAGGUGUGUUGUAUAGUUUACAAAGCUCAUACAGGUGUGAGAAUGCAACAGAUGACCAAACGUGAAAUGCCUUUAGUUACCUACUGUAUACCUAUACUUUACCUCUCCCAUAUAACUGAUGAAUAUAUGUAAUGAAUAUAUAUAUACAGUAUAACACCUGUAGAAAUUUGUUUGAUCACUUCAUGGUAAUAAAAAAAGUGUCUGUUCAAA